AUGUUGGACGCCAUAUUUAUGGCUGGCGCCAAAUUGUGCCAAACCAUGGGUCUACCAUCCUUUCAAAUUUGGGUGAUUCAAUGGAUGCAGAACCCAACAGAAUUGGCGGGUUUGAGGGAAUUUGAAGAAUGGAAGGACAAAUGUACUGUGCAAGGGAACCCAUUCUGCUCCCUGCCCAACUCUUGUCCAGUUACAACCAGGGAGUUGCCCGGAGAAACCCUGCGACUCUUCACCUGCAUGGAUUGUCCCAACAACUAUCCGUGGAUUUUGGAUCCAACUGGGGACAAUCUCAACCUUUAAAAACCCGUACCAUAACAUCUCGUUGUCUUUCACCUGCUACGACAAGAAAAAUGGCUGAUGCAUGACUUUUUAAUUUUUGUGUGUAUUUUCAUGAGACGCUAAGUGAAGUGUUCAUCCAAUUGCAACCUGUUGACAUUUUGGAACAGAAUAAUUACCAAUGAAAAAUUAUCGGGAUGGAUUUCAAAUUUCAAAUAUGCAUCAAAGAAUAUUUUAAUUUCGACAUAAGCAGAAUUUGAAAUGACAUUGAUGGUGAACCACCAUCAAUAUUUAUUUUUGUUUCUAUUUUUGUGCAUUCUCCUGCUAUUGUUUCGUUUCUUUUGGAUAAUGCAGUGAGUGAUGUUUAUGUA